AACAGUUUUGAUACUAUGAAGCAAAUCGAUCGUUUUGUAAGGCGAAUGGUAAUUUCUUUUUGGGGAGUUAUUGAAAUACACCUUUCUGUAUGGACCAUGAAGUUUCCGGCCCACAUACGCAUUCCAUCAACAAGGGUGAAUAGUAGCUUUAAUCCGAUCAGAUUGAAGUUGAUCCUCAAAAUACUUGUUGUACUAUGCGGACUGCUAAUACUCUUUGCGUAUGUAAGCAGCACAAUGCGCGAGGAGACAACAGGAGCUUUCAAGCUACCUCCAUUCUCAGGACCUUUAUUCAAAUCCGACUGCACCUCAUUGCUGCAAUAUGCCAACAUAUCCUACAAAUUCACUGUACGGCCAGAAGAACAGGAAUUCCCGAUCGCAUACAGCUUGCUUGUUUACACCGAUGUAGACAGAGUGCUUCGCCUCCUUCGUGCCAUCUACCGGCCACAAAACUUCUAUUGUAUUCACAUUGACCGGAAAAGCAAAGCGGAAUUCAUUGAGAUAAUGGAACGACUGAAACAAUGUCCGGAUUUGGCACAUAAUGUGUUCUUUGUCGACCCGUCGGAACGGUUGGAUGUUCAGUGGGGUCAAAUGAGUGUGUUGGAUGCGGAUCUGACCUGUGCCCGAAUCCUGUUCGAACGAGCUCCCGGCGGUUGGAAAUAUUGGAUCAAUCUGACCGGACAGGAAUUCCCGUUACGCACGAACUGGGAACUGGUUCGUGCUCUGCGUCUGUUAAACGGGGCCAAUAUUGUCGAGGCGAUUUAUCGUCGGCGCAAUCUGGGUCGAUGUCCACCACCGGACCUGCUCCCGUUCAAUGUAAUGUUCUUUGUUGGUUAUCACAAACAUUUGCAUUGCUUUUAUUAUGGGCGAUUUAACAAACCUGAAGCUUAUCAUGUCCUAUAG